AUGAUGCAUCAAGCAAGGCGGUCCACAGCAGGCAUUUGCUCCGCACUCGGCGUAAACAUUUUGACCUUCGGCUUCAUUAUCUCGUUCAUCACCGUUUCUUGCUCGGAACUGGCUCGUAGCAACCAUCCCGUCCUGUCGAUGGAGCUCUCCGUGGUUUACGCGAUCUGGACUCUUCUGCCAGGCACAUUCGACGGCAUGAAUCUCUUCACUCAUGCUGACUUCAUGCGAACUCUGGUGUUCAUUCCCACCGGAGUGACGGGAGCAGUCAUGGACACCGAGGGCGCCGAAGAGGAAUGUCUAUGCCAGAUCUGCUUGACGGACAAGGCCAACGUUGGACAACUCCCUUGCGGCCAUCACGGCUGUAAAGAAUGCCUUGUACUCAUGGGCCACAAGAUCCAAAAAGCUUGCCCGAUAUGUUGA